GUGUGGUUUAAACGACUUCUGAUUGGGGCAUCAUGGGGAAUGUUACACAGAGGAACCUUAGUGGAACUCGAAGUUACACUUUUAUAAGACAGAACUGACUUUAGAGCAUCGGUCUCGGAUUUAAUGCAGAAGAUAUAAGGUAAAGCAGCGAGGAGGAUGGAGGCCCGUGCUCUAUACGAGUUCAAUGCAUCUGGGGAAGAUGAACUUAGUUUCAAAAAAGGAGACAUAUUGAAGCAGUAUCUCUGGAACAGGGGACAGGAAGAAAAUGUCAUCGCUUUGAUGCACGGGGAACUGGAGGACAGCCAGAUCCUUGCCUCAGACGAUAACUGGUUUAAGGCAGAACUUAGGGCCAAUGAGGGAUAUGUUCCCAAAAACUAUGUGGAAAUGCAAACGCCAAGUUGGUUUUGCGAAAAAUCUACUCGUGUUGAAGCUGAGAACGUCCUCAUGAGCAAGCAGGUGGGAUAUUUCAUUAUCCGUGCAAGUCAAACAUCUAGAGGGGAAUUCUCCAUCUCAGUCAGACAUGAGGAAGAUGUGCAGCAUUUCAAAGUCAUAAGAGACAAGUCAGGAAAUUACAGCUUAUGGACAGAAAAAUUCAAGUCACUCAACAAACUUGUUGAAUAUUACAAAAACGUGUCCAUCUCUCGACAGAAUCAUGUCUUACUUCAGGACUGAAGACUCUCCCCAACCACAGGCGGUAUCACUACCAAGAAAAACUCGGCUUGUAAAAGCUCUGUAUGACUUUAAAGCCCUAGAACCGGAUGAACUUAGUUUCCAAGUCAAUGACAUCAUUGAAGUGAUGGAAGUCUCUAACGAUUCCUGGUGGCUUGGAAAGCUGGGACACAAAACAGGUCUCUUUCCAUCUAACUACGUAGCAAACAUUGACCGAUGACAGCAGGAGGCAGAGGGACUGAAAUAUUCACCCAGCGGAAAUUCCAGGAUUCUACCAAUCUGUUUCUCACUGGUUUACCAACUUUAGAGAAUAAUACCCACUUACAGCUUAUAGUGACAUGUAGUAUUUAUUGGGGGUUGGGGUCCUGAGUUUUCUAUAUCUUCUCUUUUCACAUGUUACUAUUUCUCUGCUGUAAUAAAAAAAAAUAAUCCUUGUG